AUGGCAGCGGCCGACUCUCAAGUCCCUCCGCUGGAGGGCGGCGCCAGCUCUCGAGCGGAUCGUCACACGAAUGGCUCCCCUCCUCCACCGCAGUCCAAGCGCGACAAGAAGCGCCAGAUGAUCAACGACCGUCUUGCAGCGCUUUCCGAAAAGUUCAACCGGGAUCGCGACGUCACCUACCGCGAGCAGCUGCAAAAGAUCCAGAUUGACACCAAUCUGGUCAUGCGCAUCGACCCCUACCUUGAGCGGCCUCUGGAUGCCAUCGAGGCGGAGCGACAGCAAUCACAGAGCCUCACCAGCGAGGCCGAUCAACAGGGCCGAGCGCCUGGCCCGACUCUUUUAGAGAUGGCUGGCCCCAACUUCAACGAUUGGCUCCGCGAGAUAGAAGAUCUGGUUGAGCAGCGCGACACCGAGUUGACGAAGCAAAAGAACGAAUACCGGACCAAAGCCAACGAGUACAAGUGGCUACACAGAUACAAGACCGACACUGCCCGACGAGAGCACAAGGCGCUGUCACGAACACUGCGCGAUCGUCUGAUCAACGCCAUCACGGCCAAGAAGCUCCGCCUUAGCAAGGAAAAGGAAGCUCUUGAGAUAUCCGACGCAUCUGCACUCCUCCUCCACCCCAACCAAUUCUCCAUUACCAACCCGUCCAGCCCGGGUGGUACGCAUAGCAAGCGAGCGACUCGUUUGCGCCACAAUGCCGAAGACCUUUCCGGUUAUGGCGAUAGCCGGAAGCGCAAGAGGAACGGUGCAGACGAUGACGGCUCGCCAGCGCCGCAAAAGAGGCUGGAUGCAAAUGGUACCACGCCGCUUUGGCACGGUGACAGGCUUGGCUACCGCAAGGUUACUGGCCCUGUCUACAGUGUUGACAAGCUGUUCACCGACAAAGAGCUGGCAAUGACGUACAAUGCCGCUUCUCUGGCUGCCCACAAAUACCUGUUGACGCACAGGAGCCCGAUGAACGGCGCCAACAAUGGCGCUUCUACACCUUCCGACAGCGAUUCGGGUGAUCAUAACGAUAAUGACGACUUGGCCACCCCUGCAGCAAUGGAGCGCGCUCCCUCGCACGCCACUCGGAGCACUCGCGGCGUCCACAACCAAAACUUUGUGGACGACAAGCUCGUCGGGAUUGAGGCACUGGCCAACUUCGAGAUGCCCGGCAACCUCGAGAAGAUGAUCGCGGCGGAGCCGAAGAUGCCGCCCAGUUUCCUCUCCAACUACGCCAAACCUCAUUCGAAGGCGGAGGCCAAUACUCCCAAUUCACUGCCUGUCGACGAUAUCAGCUCUGAUCUCCGGGUGAUGAACGUCCUUCGACAGUAUGAGGCCAUUCACGGUACGGGCUCGAAUCUUGACACUGAGAACGGUAGCCGCAGGGUCCUCGAGGCGAUGGCAUUUACUGCUAAUGACGAGAAAUAUGCCGCCUAUCUGGAGCACGAGCGCAAAGACCCGGACGAGCUUCGCAAGUCCCUGAAGAUCCCCACCAACGAUCCUGCUACUCCCGGCGGCAACAGCUCGCUGCCCGUGAUUGGUGCACCGCCUGCAAUGCCCCCAAUCACCGCCAGCCCUAUGAGCCGGCAGAGCAGCCAAGGUGGCGUUGCUAUGAGCCGCCAAGGAAGCAGCACGCGAGCGCAGCGGAAGCGCAAUUAG